AUGGCGGUAAAAAGUAAGCACAACACAAUCAAAAACGAAACACUUGGCAUUUGCCAGUGGUCCCAAAACGAACAACAAAUUCUGGAGGAUGAACUUUUUCGAAUGCAACAGGCCGGACAACAAUUCAACGGGAUCACUUCAAUACUCAAAAUCUCUGGAAAAUUCCCUUCAAAAACAAUUCAACAGAUCACUUCGCGCAUUAAGUGGUGUCAAAUCGCUCCACAAACUCGUCCGCCGUGGGACGACUACUGUCAGAACGAGAACUUCUACACCCAACGCGCAGAUCAACAGACGCAAUCAUCGUUCAUAUCGCCUCGCAAUCGGGAAAUGUAUCUACCAUCUACAAAGCCCCCAUUUGAGCGCGACCGAGACACUACACGCCGUCGACGAUUUUCAUUGCAAGGCGAAAACAACACGGUAGAAACGCCACGAGACUAUUUUGUGUUGAGUCAGGCACAAGGAGAGUACAACACACAAAGCGGAUUGGGAGGUCAGAAGAAUAACUUGAUCCUCAUUGGGACAAAUAGUUCCUCGCACUCCCCUAGAGUCUAUCGGCAACACUCUCCCGUCACAUUUAAUGUGAUGCAAAGCACGGGAGUCAAUACGCAGAAUUACUUGAAUAAAUUGCUCGAGGAGAACGACACCAUUUUAAAUAAUUUGGAGAGACAAGCAACAUCGCCUGGAGGCAAUGUCGAUACCCAAUUCAUUCUCAAAUUCAUCGAAAACGGAAAUAACACAAUUCUCCAGACUAAGAUCCUCGCACAACUCUACAUGCCUUUCUUCUCAAGAAAAAUCGAGGUCCCAGAAGAACUCAAAACACAGAUAUUCCCAUUUAUCCAAUCAGACUUGGGAAUACAAAUGGAAAACAUCGAAUUCACUAAUACAUCUGAACGGAAAAUAAAAGCGAUGAGUGUCGAUGGAAGGGGAAGUUCACAAAUGAGCUCCGCAACUGGCUCAAUUAGUGGGUUUUAA